GACUGUGUCUGGAUGUGAGAGGGAGAAGUGUGUGUGUGUGUGUGUGUGUGACAAAGAGAGAGAGAGAGAGGGAUAGAGAUCAAAAAAACUCAAAGACUUCUCCAAUCCAAUGGCUCUGUUUGAAUCAGAAAUUGGAUGCAAGAAGCACUUAACCCACCAGCAACAACCGGGUGUUUGUUCUUCGUGUCUCAGAGAAAAACUCUUAAGGCUCUAUGGUGGCUCCUCCUCUUCUUCUUCUUCUUCUUUUUCUUCCUCUUCAAGAACCAAAAGGAACAGGGCUUCUACUUCUUCAUGUUCUUCUUCUCUCUCUUCAUCACCAGCUGCUAAUUACUACUCUUCUGCUUCUUCUUCCACAAACAUGUCUCCUCUUCAUCGUGGUCAUCAUCGCAUACCUUCGGCUCUUGUGGGUUCGAUCUCUUUUGAAGUAACUGAAAACGGUGUGCUGAGAAAGAGCAGGUCGAUGGCGGUGGUGGCGAGAGGCGGAACUGGGGAAGUUUCGGGUGGCAAGAAGAGAGGAGGAUUCUGGUCAAAGCUGCUUCGGUCGACUGGGAAGAGCACUAAGAAGGUUUUCAUGCAUUCAAGGACUGUAAAAUUAGAAAGCUUUGAGUAAUAGCUGACGAAUCAGAGGAAAACAAGAACAAGCUGUUUUGUUGUAUAUUGCUUUUUUGAUCUCUGUGCUAAGGAUGAUGAAUGUGGAAACUGGAAUUUUCCUCUUUUUUUUUCCCUCAGCAGUCAGCAGAUAAUGGUUAUACACUAAGAGUAGCAAUAACUAG